AAACAGCCAGAGAGUCCUCCUCAUGUGGAUGUUGUGGGUAUGGAUCUAACUUCGUAUGGUUACACGCUCAUCUACACCUGCCAAAUGGGCUUCUUUUUGUCUGGGGGCUCUGAGCACCGGGUCUGCAAGUCCGAUGGAACCUGGACUGGAAAGAUGCCUGUGUGUCGAGCGGGCUCCAAACUCUCUGAAAAGCCUAUUAAACCAGUCCCAGGGACACCGAGUCCGAAGCUAAAUGUUCCUGAUGAUGUAUUUGCCCCUAACUACGUCUGGAAGGGCUCAUACAACUACAAGGGAAGAAAACAACCAAUGACUUUGAGUAUCACAAGCUUUAAUACAACCACGGGUAGAGUUAACGUCACAUUAACGAGCAGCAACAUGGAACUACUGCUUUCAGGUGUCUAUAAGAGCCAAGAAGCACGUCUGAUGCUGCUGGUGUAUCACGUGAAAGCGUCCUCACCCACCACACUCAGCAAGAUCAAAGAAGAGCAGUGGACCCUGGAUGGAUUUGUGUCUGCUGAACCAGAUGGGUCCACAUAUGUCUUUCAAGGCUUUAUACAGGGUAAAGACUACGGCCAGUUUGGCCUGCAAAGGCUAGGUUUGAAUAUGUCGGAAAGUAAUAAUUCUUCAAAUCCACCACAUGGUACAAACAGUAGCUCUGUGGCCAUAGCAAUCCUUGUGCCUUUUUUCGCCCUGAUAUUUGCAGGCUUCGGAUUUUAUCUCUACAAGCAGCGGACUACUCCAAAAACCCAGUACACAGGCUGUUCAGUUCACGAGAACAACAACGGGCAGGCCGCUUUCGAGAACCCCAUGUACAACACCAAUGCAAAGUCCGUGGAAGGCAAAGCUGUCCGAUUUGACCCCAAUCUGAACACAGUCUGCACAAUGGUAUAAUUAGGUCCGCCUGACUCGAAAACAUCUGUGGAGUUUUUUUGUUUUUUCAUUUAAGGAUUUUUGCUUUGUUUUUUUUAAAUGGAGGUGGAAACAAUAGCAUUACAGUCAUGGACGGAUUUGUCUGAGACUCACAGAGGAUGUCUAGCACAAACGCUGUUGCCCUUUCUCUGAUAUAUAAAGCACACUCUUCAGGAACCAUUUGACCAUGUGCGUCCGCGGAGGACAUGUAUGAAAUAUGAAACACGAAACACAUUGUCAUGGGGGAUUUUUUUUUUGAAGACUCACUCUAAAAAGCUUCUUCAUGACGGAAAGCAUGAAGAGAUUCUUCUGCUACCUUAUUCACACUCCGUGAGUGCUUCUUCACAGUUGACUGGGUAUUUUUUUAGGGGAAAGGGAUCUGUAAAUCUACUUGCAUAUAUAUGAGGAGCAUUCACCACCUAUAUUUUUGUGCUAUAUAUUACCACAUGGGAGAGGCCAAGAGAGAACUAUUCUAGCAAGAGUUUAUGAUGAGAUUCACAUCGACCGAUACAUUAUUUCCCUGAUUGUUUUGUACGGUACA